AUGCCAGCUACAACAACCAGACUAAUUAGUAGAAUUUGGGGAGAGUACUACUCGAAUUACUUGCCUGAUGACUCGAAGGAGGAUAAUGGUCAAGAACUGAAGUAUGAUGAAGUUGAGGAAGAAGAAGAAGAAAAUGAAGAGGAAGACACUGAAGAGGUAGAAGAACAGAAAAUUCUACUGCCCAAGGAAAUUAAGAAAUCUCAACUAGCAUCAAAACAUAGGAAAACAGAUUGUUCUACAUCAGAAAUUGUAUGGGAUGGGGAAACAGUUGGAAAAACAUGUGCAGGUGAGGCUAUUUAUAAACAGGCCAUUGUCCGUGGGAAUGUGGUUGUUGUAGGUGGUUCGGUGCUGUUGGUAACAGCUAACUCAAAUGAAUAUCCUCCUAUCUAUUUUGUAGAGUACAUGUUUGAAGACUUUGAUGCCAGGAAAUUGGUUCAUGGAAGAGUGAUGCUAAGAGGAUUUCAGACUGUUGUUGGCAACACUGCAAAUGAGAGGGAGGUAUUUCUGACAAAUGAUUGCUUGGAAUUUGAGCUUAGUGAUGUUAAAGAACCUGUGGUUGUGGAAACACGAUUAGUGCCUUGCGCCUAUCAACAUCGUAAGGAUAAUGCCAAUAGGGAUAAGAUUGAGAGGGCAAGAGCAGAGGAUAGGAAAUGUAGAGGAUUGCCCAUGGAAUACUUUUGUAAAAAUUUGUACUGGCCUGAGAGAGGUGCUUUCGUUUGUUUGCAUACUGAUAAAAUGGGUCUUGGUACUGGGCAUUGCCACUCCUGUAAAAUAAAACAAUCCCAGAAUGAGAAUGUCUUUAUGCUAAAUCCAACGAUGACAAGUUUUGCAUACCAUGGUACCGAGUACCAACGAAUCCAAGGGACAAUGAAACUUUUUAAGAGUGGGAGGAAUGUGGGUGUUAAAGCGUAUGUGGUUUUUCACAUGCUGGAAAUCAAAGUGCUUAAGUCUCCUAAACAAGCUGACCCUGAAACUGUGAAGCGUGCAGAACUGAAGUAUGAUAAAGUUGAGGAAGAAGAAAAUGAAGAGGAAGACAUUAAAGAGGUAGAAGAACAGAAAAUUCUACUGCCUCAGGAAAUUAAGAAACCUCAAUUAGCAUCAAAACAUAGGAAAACAGAUUGUUCUACAUCAGAAAUUGUAUGGGAUGGGGAAGCAGUUGGAAAAACAUGUGCAGAGUACGUGUUUGAAGACUUUGAUGCCAGGAAAUUGGUUCAUGGAAGAGUGAUGCUAAGAGGAUUUCAGACUGUUCUUGGCAACACUGCCAAUGAGAGGGAGGUAUUUCUGACAAAUGAUUGCUUGGAAUUUGAGCUUAGUAAUGUUAUGGAACCUGUGGUUGUGGAAACACGAUUAGUGCCUUGUGCCUAUCAACAUCGUAAGGCUAAUGCCAAUAGGGAUAAGAUUGAGAGGGCAAGAGCGGAGGACAGGAAAUGUAGAGGAUUGCCCAUGGAAAUUUUGUACUGGCUUGAGAGAGGUGCUUUCGUUUGUUUGCUUACUGACAAAAUGGGUCUUGUGCCCAAGUCUUCUAAACAAGCUGACCCUGAAAUUGUGAAGGUCAAAGUUGGGACGUUUUUCAGACCACAGGAUAUUUCAACAGAGAAAGCAUACCGCUCUGAUGUUCGAGAGUCGCCAGCUUGCAUUAACCUAAAUCCCUUGGGAGAAAGGAUAAUUAACAAUGUUGCAAGUAAAAAGAUAAAAGGGAAAUAUAAAGGAGAAAAUGGUUUAAACGUUAUUGAAAAACAAAGUGAUUUGAAGAAUUGCCUGGCCACACUAGGCUUUUUUGCUGGUUGUGGCGGCUUAUCUGAAGGUUUACAGCAAUCAGGUGUGUCAGUGACCAAGUGGGCAAUUGAGUAUGAUGAACCUGUAGGCGAAGCAUUUAACCUUAAUCAUCCAGAGGCAUUUGUUAGAGUAUUAAUAGUGAGGGUUGAAGCUUUCUCUUGGAUGAAGUUAGCAUUUGCAUUGUUGAAAUAUGCUCCAAGCUUUAUAAUGGCGUUCUGUCUCAGUAAAUCAUCAAUAUCUGCUCUGUUCUCCCACCAUCUUAUAUCAGUAGUCAAUGAAUUGAAAUGCAGGGCUAUCAUGACAGCAUGUGAGGAUGCGGACGACUGUAUUUCAACUUCUGAGGCUGCUGAGUUGGCUGCAAAGCUUGAUGAAAAGAAGAUUAAUAUUAUGCCUCGCCCUGGACAAGUGGACUUCAUAAAUGGAGGGCCACCAUGUCUGGUAUAUAGCAGCCACUACCCGUCUCGUUUACAGAUUUUCUAUAAACGUUUUCAAUGGGACAUUUAA